AUGACAAAAAUAGCUCACUCCUAUCUUCUACUCCUCUUCUUACUACUGUUCAUCGCCUUCAACUGCAGCAUGCAACGAUCCAUGGCGCAGACUGACGCCGGCGAGCUAGCAACACUCCUAACGAUCAAGAAAGACUGGGGCAACCCAUCCGCGCUCAGCUCGUGGAGUUCCCAGAACGCUUCCUACUGCAGCUGGAAAGGGGUCAGGUGCGUGAACGGCCAAGUGUUGUCCACCCUGUCCUUCCAAAAUCUCAACAUAACCAAUCCAGUCCCAGCUUCCAUUUGCAACCUCAAGAACCUGUCCUACCUAGACCUUUCCUACAACAACCUCACCGGACAGUUCCCGACAGCGCUCUACGGCUGCUCGGCUCUUCAGUUUCUUGACCUGUCCAACAAUCACUUCUCCGGUGCCCUCCCAGCUGACAUCGACAAACUGUCAUCGGCGAUGGAGCGCCUGAACCUGUCAAGCAAUGGCUUCACAGGCAGCGUGCCGUUGGCAAUCGCUGGGUUCCCGAAGCUCAAGUCGUUGGUGCUCGACACUAAUAGCUUCAAUGGGAGCUACCCGGGUGCCGCCAUCGGCAACCUCACGCAGCUCGAGACGCUAACCCUGGCAAGUAACCCCUUCGCGCCAGGCCCCAUCCCUGACGAGUUUGGCAAGUUGAAGAAGCUGAAGAUGCUGUGGAUGUCAGGGAUGAACCUGACUGGUGGCAUCCCUGACAACCUGUCGUCGCUCACUGAGCUGACGACUCUGGCUCUGCACGUAAACAAGCUCCACGGUGAAAUCCCGCCGUGGGUUUGGAAGCUUCAGAAGCUUGAGAUCCUGUACCUUUACGAUAACAGCUUCAUCGGUGCAAUUGGGCCGGAUAUCACGGCCGUGAGCCUGCAAGCGAUCGACCUGUCCACGAACUGGCUCACCGGGCACAUACCGGAGAGCAUCGGCAACUUGAAGAACUUGUCGUUGCUCUACCUGUACUUCAACAACCUCACCGGGCCGAUCCCCUCGAGCGUCGGGCGGCUCCCGAACCUCGCGGACAUCCGGCUGUUCAGCAACAGGCUCUCCGGCCCCCUCCCGCCGGAGCUCGGGAAGCACUCGCUGCUCGGCAACCUUGAAGUGAGCAACAACUUCCUCAGCGGCGAGCUGCCGCACACCCUCUGCUUCAACAAGCAGCUCUACGACAUCGUGGUCUUCAACAACAGCUUCUCCGGCGUGUUCCCGGCGAUCCUCGGGGACUGCGAGACGGUGAACAACAUCAUGCUGUACAACAACCACUUCACCGGAGAGUUCCCCAAGAAGGUAUGGUCGGCGUUCCCAGACCUGACGACUGUUAUGAUUCAGAACAACAGCUUCACUGGCACUAUGCCCAGUGUGAUAUCCUCCAAAAUCACACUGAUCGAGAUGGGGAACAACCAAUUCUCCGGCGACGUGCCGACCUCCGCGCCGGGGUUGAAGAAUUUCCGGGCGGAGAACAACCAAUUCUCCGGUCCUCUAACGAACAACAUGUCGGGGUUCGCCAACCUCACGGACCUGUACCUCGCCGGGAACCGGAUAUCUGGCUCGAUUCCACCUUCCAUCCAAUCACUGGGAGCUCUGAAUUACCUGAAUCUUAGCAGCAAUCAGAUAUCUGGGCUACUUCCGGCAGAGAUCGGGUCGCUGCUGGUGCUCACCAUCCUUGAUCUCUCCAACAACGAGCUCACCGGAGAAAUACCUCAGGAGUUCAACGACCUCCAUCUCAUUUUCCUCAACCUCUCUUCCAACCAACUCACCGGCGAGCUCCCCCAGUCGCUGCAGAGCCCGGCGUUCGAAGACUCGUUCCUCGGAAACCCUGGCCUCUGCGCCGCGGUGAACCAGAAUAUAAACAUCCCGGCGUGCCGCUACCGCCGCCACAACCAGAUGUCAACUGACCUGGUCAUCCUGUUCUCCGUGCUCGCCGGCGCCAUCCUCAUCGGUGCCGUCGGGUGUUUCAUCGUCCGGCGGAAGAAGAACGGGCGCGACGUGACGUCGUGGAAGAUGAUGGCGUUCCGCAAGCUGGACUUCAGCGAGUGCGACGUGCUCACCAACCUCCGCGAGGAGGACGUGAUCGGCAGCGGCGGCUCCGGCAAAGUGAACCAGAAGGUGGACGUGUACAGCUUCGGCGUGGUGCUGCUGGAGCUGGUGACCGGGCGGGUGGCCAACGACAGCAGCAAGGACGCCGCCGAGUGCUGCCUGGUGGAGUGGGCGUGGCGGAGGUACAAGGCGGGGGGACCUCUCCACGACGUCGUCGACGAGAGCAUCCAGGACAGGGCCGUGUACGCUGAGGACGCCGUGGCCGUGUUCGUGCUCGGGGUCAUGUGCACCGGGGACGACGCGCCGUCCCGGCCGUCCAUGAAGCAAGUGCUGCAGCAGCUCGCCCGGUACGACCGCACCGCCAGCGUUGCCGGCGCGUGCCGGGACGGCCGCGACGUCGAACUGGGACAAGUGCCCAAGGGGAACCAAGGUCGCCACCAAGCUACCAAGAGAUCGUAUGACGUCGGAGCGUUCUUGGGUGGCGACGUGGAGAGCGGCAACUUCGUGGCUCGCUUUAGCUUAUCUUUUCAGUAUGGCGUUAAAUCUUCCUAG